CUCGACUGCCCUCUCAGUGGAUUUUUGCUGUGCCUCGCUGUGACGAAGCAAAAGGGGAAUAUGAAUAGGAUCGUCGUCUUCAUCAUCGCCAUCUAUCGAAGGUUGGUCAGGACUUGCCUUCCAGUCUUCUUUGUCAUCACGUGCGUAUUCGUGCUUCCACGUUUCGUGGACGGACCGGAUGCCAAAACGUUCUUCCAGAAGUUCAACGAAGAAAUUGGGGACAACUGGUGGCAUCUGAUCAUUCAGAUAAGAAAUUUCUUUGGAAUGACCGAAAGGAGCGUCAUGAUCCACCUAUGGUACAUAUCUGCAGAUUUCCAGCUUUUCGUCGUCUCUCUUGUGGUUCUACUGCUGUUUAAAAGGUGA